UGGGUUUGUUGCAGUACUUAGUUGUGCUUGCUUUUGUUGAUGACUGGGAAUGUCAUUGUUGUGUACUCCACGAUAGGCGGGAAGCUCUCUAGUAAUAUUGAUGCAUCCAGGAGCUGGCAGCAGUUCAGAGAUCAGAGCCGGCCGCUACAGUACUGCUGUCACUGAUGCAAGCAGCUGUUUCCAUCUGCAGUGCAGCAUCGCAGCCCUAUAGUCAGACCUCUCAGGGCUUUUUGCUGGUGGAGCUAACAAGGAGGCUGGCCCUGCUUGGAGCUUCUGUACAGGGACAAGCCAAGGAUGGGAGGCUCCCAGUCUGUGCAGCAGAGGCAGGCGAGCAGCCUGAAUCAGGAACCUUCAGAGGCUAUGAGCUCAGACUCAGAGGGAGCCUUCGAGACACCGGAGGAGACAACACCUGUGAAAGUCCCUCCCCAGAUCACUCCCACUGCUGCUGAAAAGGAAAGCCAAGAGCAGCUACCCUCAGAAGAUUCAGUCCUUUUUCCUGAUAAUCAGAUUGUUGCUGCCCCUGAGAACUCGCCACAGCAAAUUGAUUCCUUCAAACCACUCUGUGAAUCAGCUUCCAUUGUAUUUGAUGAAGAUAAACCAAUAGCCAGCAGUGGAGCGUACAAAAUUGACUUUGAUAGUCUUGAUGUCUUGGACUCUUUCCAUGCUCAGUCCCCUUUAGCUCCAAGCUCGCCCGCAAAGCUAGAAGGUUCUGAACCUGGGAAGCAAGCCAAUGAGAAGUCUCUGCACAUACUGACUAGCUCCAGCCCACCAGCUCCACAGUCUCCACCAUUCUCGCGAAAACCUGCUGGAAUUGCAGAUGUUGGUAGCACAGAGGAUGUGGCAAAAACUCUGCAGGCAGAGGCCUUUAGCAUAGCCUCAGAUAAUGCUCCCAGUGUUAAGAAAAAGAAACCAAGGCCACUAUCUCUAAAAAAGAAGACAAAAUCAGAGAAGCCAGCAGAGACACCGGCAGAAAAGCCAACAGAGGCUCCAACUACAACAGAAGCCCAAACAAGGUCUACUGUCCCCAAGACAAAUAAAGAAGUGAAUACGUCUGAAUCCUCCUGCACCAGUUUACAAAGUGCUAUAAACCAACAGGAGUCCCCUCUUCCUCUUCUGGCGUCCAACAGUUUUGAUCAAGACAACCUUUCUGAGAUCAAUCCAUUUGCCAGUGGAGAUAAACUACAAAACUUACCAGUAGAACAGAGUGAAAGUGAAACCAUUCCUGUUGCAUCAAAAGACUUGGACAAAAUAGCAACUGAGUCCGGCAUAGUGUCUGAUUCUCCAGUUGUGGGCCAUGCAGUGAGGCUGGAAUUUGAUUAUUCUGAGGAAAAAGACAACUUUGAAACUGAUCUCGAAAAAAAAAACCGUUCCAAGAAAUUUGGCAAAAAAUCUGGUGGGAAGAUGCCACUAAGAAAGCCAAAGCUUGGAAUCAAAAAGGCUCUACCAGUUGAAAAGGUAGAUAGUGCUCCAUCAUCUUACUCAACUGCUGAUCCCGAUGAUAUCCCUAUUCCAAAGACUACGUAUUCAUUUGACCCUUCUAAGUGGGAUGAUCCUAAUUUCAACCCCUUUAGCACCAAUGUGCAGGUCCCAAAUUCUCCCAAGUUGCCUCAUGCUCCAUCGAGUAUUGAUGUGGACAACUGUGAAAACUCAGCGGAUCCAUUUAAAUCUUCCACAAAGAUCUCAGGAUCUCCUUCUCAUUCCCCUGCUUCGUUUGAGGUGAAUGAUGACCCUGGUGCAAGUGAGGGAGAUAGUAACAAUAAGUCAUCAAAGAAGAAGAGGCUACCUUUAAAAACAAAUACUUUUAGGGUGAAGAGAUCCCCAAAGCGUACCCCACUCUCCGAAACAUCUUCACAGGAUUCAACUCCACUCACUACCCCUGAAACACCACCAGUAAUUGGCACAGUGGAGCAUGCCACUGAUGAAGAGAAACUAGCCUCCUCAGUAACAAAUCAGAAAUGGUCCUAUUCUGGAAUACAGUCUGAAUUAGAAGAAGAUAAACCUGAUUAUCCUCAGCCCUCGGAUCUUUCUGCAUUCGUGAAUGAGAAUUCUGAGUUUGCGAAUGAGAACUUUUCUUCAGCGGUGUUGGGAUAUGAACAAUCAUUAGAAAUAGAGUACAUGGAAAAACUUGGUUCAUCAUCACCUCACCAUGACACAAAUGCAAAAAAACAGUCCAUGUAUUUGAAGAUCGAUUCCCUGAAAGAAAGUCCGAUAAACUGUCCUCCCAUCAGAUUAUCUGUUUCAGCCACUCCUUGUUCAGGAUCAAGUUUAGAUGAUGUAGAGGAUGGUGUGCUGUCCUCUGCUGCAAAUAAGCUUUCAGGUACACGACCCUUGGCUCCCAGCCAGGAAGCACAUUUACAUUCACCUGAUAAACCGAAAGACGUCGAUUCCUUGAGCUCAUCUUCUGCAAAGUCCGAUCUGUCAACUCCUGAGGAACCAGUUGCCUCUGCAGAUGCCUUGUUAAGUAGGAUUGUAGGACACACAGAAGUAGAUGAGCUUGACUAUCUGCAACCUGACACAGCUGAAAAAAACCCUUCGGUGUUUGCGAACAAGUUACAGAUCAGAGGGAGGAAUGCAGCCCGAAGACAAAGGGCCAAUUGUGGUUCACACUCACAACAAAGAGACAGUACACCAUUAAUGGACACUCCCAUUACAAAAGGUGCGCUCUACUCCAGAACUGGUGACAGUGAGGUUGAUGACACUCAAGCAGAUGGACAUCACUACAACCAAAGAGAUUUGGAUUCUGCUCUGAGAGCAGCUAGGGAGGAGAUUGUUGAAAAGGAAAGGGAAGCAGCAGACUGGAAGAGGAAAUACGACGAAAGUAAGCAAGAAGUUGUUGAGAUGAGGCGGAUUGUUGCAGAGUAUGAGAAGACCAUUGCUCAAAUGAUAGAAGACGAUCACAGAGAAAAGUCUAUCUCCCAUCACACUGUACAACAGUUAAUAAUGGAAAAGGACCAGGCCUUGUCUGAUCUGAACUCUGUGGAGAAAUCUCUGGCGGACCUCUUCAGGAGAUACGAGAAAAUGAAGGAGGUGUUAGAGGGGUUCCGAAAGAAUGAGGAAGUAUUGAAGAAAUGUGCCCAAGAAUACCUUGCCCGUGUAAAGAAGGAAGAACAGCGGUACCAUGCUCUCAAAAUCCAUGCAGAAGAGAAGCUAGACAAAGCAAAUGCUGAGAUCGCCCAAGUACGUGCCAAGUCCAAAUCGGAGCAGACAGCUUUUCAAGCCAGCUUACGGAAGGAACAGAUGAAAGUGGAGUCAUUGGAGAGAACUUUAGAACAGAAGAAUAAGGAAGUAGAAGAACUGACAAAAAUCUGUGAUGAACUGAUUGCCAAAAUGGGGAAGAGUUAAUGUUGCCUAUAUUUUAUGUUGAUAGCGGGGAAAUACUGAGUGCAAUAAAGCCAGUGGUGCAGUAAUGUUGGCUGACCUAUAUGGACAUUGUGGUUUUCACCACAUUUUAGUGCACUAUUUCUCUUUCCAGUGAGGACUGUUUAAUGUAUGUAGCAAUCAAAUGGCCCUUGCAAGUUUUCCUUUUACUGUCUGCUGUAUUGUAGUAUGGCACAUGGCAAGUUGAUGUAAGAGUUCCUGUAUCAGGGAGAUUGGUCCUUCAAUGGCUAGGUGAGAUGUGUUAGAUAUUGAGAUUGAUUUCUUUUUUUGGUUCUUUUUAUGGGUUCCCAAGUAAUGUGUUUUAAAGUUUCAAUAUACUGUACAUUAAAUUACUGCAAGAGAAGUCUUGCCAAUUUUCAGUGAAGCCUUAAGAAUCUAGACUUGAUCUGCAUAAUGAAUUUGUAAAAAAAAUGCAUGUGUCAAUGAAGUUCUCUAUUGUAAAUAAAAUUUAGUUUAAAAUCA